CCCAAUUUGCUUCGAGCCAAUUUCCGCAGGGAACCUUUUGCGCUCUCACGGGAUCCUCCCAGCGAAAACCUCGCCGCCGCCGCCGCCGCUUCGGGCCCCAAACCCUAGGCAUGGCGUCCUCGAUACUCUCCGACUGCUCCUCCGCCCGCCUCCUCCCUCUCCGCCGCGCGCUCCUCCCGCAGCGGGUGCCCCGCAGCCGCCCCUGCCCCGCUCUAGCUUCCUCCAGGCGCCUCUUCGCCGCCGCCCGACCCCACCUGCUCCCGCGCCCGCCCCGCAUGGAUUCGGUCCCCCCCGCCGCCGCCUCUUCCGCCGAGUCAGCAACUGUCUCAGCCGAUGCAUCUGCCAAAGUGAUUGAUGGGAAGUUAGUGGCAAAGCAAGUAAGAGAGGAAAUAGCUGUUGAGGUCAGCAGGAUGAAGGACGCGAUCGGCAUAGUGCCUGGCCUGGCAGUCAUUCUUGUUGGAUCGAGGAAGGAUUCUCAAACUUAUGUGCGAAACAAGAAGAAAGCAUGUGAGGCGGUUGGUAUAAAGUCGUAUGAGGUCAACUUGCCAGAGGACAGCUCUGAGGAGGAGGUUAUCAAGCACAUAGCGAGCUUUAACAGUGACCCAUCUGUGCAUGGCAUCUUGGUUCAGCUGCCCUUACCUCGGCAUAUGAACGAUGAGAACAUUUUGAAUGCUGUCAGUAUUGAAAAGGACGUCGAUGGCUUUCAUCCCCUGAACAUUGGACGACUUGCAAUGCAAGGCCGAGAUCCAUUUUUUGUUCCUUGCACCCCAAAAGGAUGUAUGGAGUUGCUGCACAGAUAUGGAGUCGAAAUAAAAGGGAAGAGAGCUGUCGUAAUUGGAAGAAGCAAUAUUGUUGGAAUGCCUGCUGCUCUGUUGUUGCAAAAAGCAAAUGCAACUGUCAGCAUUGUGCAUUCACAAACUAAGAACCCUGAGGAAAUAACAAGACAGGCGGACAUAGUCAUUGCAGCUGUCGGAGUUGCAAACUUGGUCAGAGGGAAUUGGAUAAAACCUGGAGCAGCUAUUAUUGAUGUUGGCAUCAACCCAGUUGAUGACCCUGAGUGCCCUCGGGGUUAUAGGCUCGUCGGAGAUGUCUGUUAUGAGGAGGCCUCCAAGGUUGCUGGAGCUAUCACACCGGUUCCUGGUGGUGUUGGGCCGAUGACAAUUGCAAUGCUUUUGUCAAACACUCUUGAGUCUGCUAAAAGAAUCCACAAAUUUUAAAUAACUGCAGAAUCCAACAGAAAGAAGUUGGGGAUGUGCACCUAACAUUUGAUGUAGACUACAAGCUAAGGUUUUGCUCAACUGUUUUAUGCGCCUUCUGUUGGACCAGAAAAGUGCAACUGGAGCCCUAAAAAAAUAAUUUUUGACACACAUGAGAUUGUAUCCUGGCCUGGUACAGUAUUGUAUUUGAUAAUGUGACAUGGAACCAUAUUAUUCUUGUCACCUGUGGAAUUCAGGUGAAUCUGAGAUGUCAGUAAGUUGAGGUGCCAGUAAGCUGGGAUGAAAUUGCUGCAUGCAUCA